CCCUGUAAAAAUGUUCAUUCUGAAAGCAGAAGAGGAAUCUGGAUAUAUUGAAUGUCAAUGGAGAAAAGAGAUCUUGAUUUCGCGCUGGUUCCAUUAGGGAUUAUUAUAAUGGUGACCUAUCACGUUUGGCUUCUCCAUCGGAUCAUAAAUCCGCCCACAAAGACUGUCAUUGGAAUCAAUGCCAUGAAUCGUCGCUUCUGGGUUCAGGCAAUGAUGAUGUGGCUAAAAAUGGAGUUCUAGCGGUUCAGACGCUAAGAAAAAACAUAAUGGCAUCCACGGUACUGGCAUCGACGGCGAUCAUGUUAAGCUCCUUGAUUGCCGUUCUAAUGUCAAGCGCCGGCACCAAUGGGUGGUUCGACUUCGGGGACAGAAGCCCGCAUGCCUUCUCCAUCAAGUUCUUUUCCAUCCUUGUCUGCUUCCCGGUGGCGUUUCUACUAAACUUGCAGUCGAUGAGAUACUACAGCCAUGCCAGCAUACUCAUCAACGUGCCGUUCAAGACGAUGUCGACGAACCACCACCACCACCUGGUGACGGCGGAGUAUGUGGUGAGGAUGGUAAACAGGGGAAGCUAUAUCUGGUCAUUGGGCCUGAGGGCCUUCUACUUCUCUUUCCCUCUAUUUUUUGGAUCUUUGGGCCCAUUCCCAUGAUUCUCUGCUGCUUUCUCCUUGUUUUCAUGCUAUAUUUCCUUGAUGUUACCUUUGAAUUUGGGUGAUCAGUUGGGGUUCCCGACGACGAUGAUGACGACGAUCAUAAAAAUGAGGAACUUGGGGACACCGUUCCCGUUUAACCCUUAUUUCAAUUUUCAAUAACCCAAUUUCGUACCUAUAAAUUAGGAUUAGGUUG